UUAUGGUUUAUCGGUCCGUAAGCGCUGUGAUUGUGCCGUAGAUGUUGCACUUAUAGCGUAUUGCACUGCAUAGUUUCGGUGCAUUAAUUUGUAUCCGCGACAUAAUGCAAUAGCUGGUAGCGCGUAGAACGCGUUAUAAUAAACUGUAAACCGAGAAAGCUCGGAAAAAUAAUUUACAUUUUACGCGACAACGGCGAUAAAAUAAGGAACGUCGUUAGAAAGGUUAGAUACGGCAAAAGGAACACGUCCAGCCGAGAAUUAAAUGCAAGUGCGAUAGAACAGUCGUCGAGUUUACUUGCAGGCGAUAAGACUGAACGCAAAAUGGAUAAUGGCAAAGUAGACGAUGAUAAUCAACGUAAUGUUAAUGACGGGGACUGGAUUUGCCCUGACUCUCAAUGUGCCAAUGUAAAUUUUGCGAGAAGAAACUCUUGUAAUCGAUGUGGAAAAGAUAGAGGAGAAUGCCCUAAGAAGAAAAAGUUAGGUCAAGAAAUUGGUAAAGCAGCUGCAGAGAAGAGUAGGGGAUUAUUCAGUGCUGACGAUUGGCAAUGCAGUAAGUGUGGAAAUGUAAACUGGGCUCGUAGGCAACAAUGUAACAUGUGCAAUGCACCAAAGUUCGGUGAAAUUGAGGAACGUACAGGGUACGGAGGUGGUUACAACGACCGAGGAGUCGUUGAAUACAAAGAAAGAAGAGACGACGACGACGAGUACGACGAGUUUGGACGUCGCAGGAAGAAGCGAAGACUCGAAAAUCGCUCGGAUGACGAUUCUAAAGACUCUAGGUAUAGCAGUCCACCGCGUAACAAAUCUAAAGACGAAGACGAGAGGAACGCUGUGGACGAAGAAGACAGACACGAAAAAAAUGAGGAAGACGAAGAAGAGGAGGACGACGACGAAGAGGACGGCGACUUAUCCAAAUACGAUCUUAGCGAGUGGGACGAUUUUGCGCUAAAGAAAAAUACAAAUGGGAGCACUGCGUCAUCGGAAGAGCAAUCAAGAGAUAAAGACGACUGGCGCGACUCGGGAACAUCCAGUCAAUGAGAUGCUUCGCAGAAGGAAAGGUGAGAGGAAAUCCCGAGAGCGAAAAUUGCUCGGCGAACUCAGAGAUAUACACAACGCAACAAAUUUAGUGAUUUAGUGAGCACCUUUGGAUAAAGUGAUGGACAAUAUAUGACUUAUUGCAAAGGGAAUCGAUUAACAAUAAGCUUUACAUUUGUGAUUGAACUCAAUAGCUUCGUUGACUCUAUGGAUUGGAGAGUGAAAAAUGUAGGUUACCCUAUUUGCGCAAUAUCGUCCUAAAUAUUGCAUAGUAAUGUGGAAAUUCCGUAAAAAAAUACUUGGCGCAGGUAGAAUUAUUUCGCUAGUGAGGUAAAAAAAAAAAAACAAAAGAAGAGGAACAGGAAAAAAGA